UGCACAUCCCCCAUGGCCAUGGCUACCAUCAUCCUUUCCUUACCCCAUCUCUCCCUUCCAACUCACCGCCGCCACCACUACCUACCCACCUUAACCACCGUUCCAACUCGGGUUCGACUCGGCCUGCGAACUCAGGCUCUGGGCAAUGACAUGCUGGGGGAUUUCGGUGCCAGAGACCCCUUUCCGGCUGAGAUAGCGAGUGGGUUUGGUGAGAAGGUGCUGGGCAGCGGCAACACCGACCACAAAAUCCUCAUCCCCAAUUUGUCUGCUCUCUCUCUGUCCCAGUUAGACUGCAGCCCCGUCUCUCCCCUCCAGCCUCCUAUGGCGGAGGACGAUGCCAAGGAGCUCCUCAGAAAGGUUAUUGGGUGGAGAUUGAUAGUUGGAGAAGGUGGGCUGAAAUUGCAGUGCCUGUGGAAGUUGAGAGAUUAUCAAUGUGGGGUUGAACUCAUCAACAGGAUUUAUAAGGUUGUGGAUUCUGCAGGGCAUUUCCCAAACCUUCACUUGGAGCAACCCAACCAAGUUAGAGCAGAGCUAUGGACAUCUUCCAUUGGAGGAUUGAGCAUGAAUGAUUUCAUCGUGGCUGCCAGAAUAGAUGACAUAAAAACAUCAGAUCUUGUGCCCAGAAAAAGAGUUUGGGCUUAGUGGAAAGCAUUGUGUUUGUAAUAUGGAUUUUGUUACAACAACAGAAUCUUAUGAUUUUCGUAUAAAUUUUGUGGAUUUUGUUUCUCAGCUUUGUGUUUGGACGAGGGAUUUUAAGGGGAGUGUAAUCAAAUGAAGCAUUACGGAAUUACAUAUGUUGUUGUACCAUAAAAACAUGUUGAAUCAAGUAGUGCAAAACAUUGAUUUGUUGUACUAAACAUGGUUAAAAUGCGAUUCGAAAUUUGAUUUGGUA